GGUGUAAACCAUGAUGUAAGUAUAAAGGUGUACCAUUGCGCAUAAUGGCGUCAUCCGUAGUGACGUAUGUGUAGUAGGCCAAUGAAAAAUGGCCAGGAAUGCAGCCGCGAAAUUCAAAUGCUCUAUUAAUCGUAUAUUACUAAAUAUAUAUUAAAAUAUAUAUUUUAACUUAAAAUUUGUAAUAAAAGAAUAAUAUUUCAAGAUAUCCUCUUCAAGAUAUCCUCAAUAGGCUCCACGUCCGUAUUCUCGAGGCCCCUGCUAUCAAUCUCCGUCGCCAGCCAUUCUCUUAAUACGCACACUUAACCUUACCAACACUGUUUAUUCUGUGUGACACUGUCAGCAGCCAUAUUGAAUUCUAACAUUCCUGGCCAUUUCUGAUUGGCUAUCAUUUUUGACGACUGCGCAUCCACGGGAAUGGAACACCUUUAUACUUACAUCAUGGUGUAAACCAGACCAGUGUGCACUUGGUGCGCACUAGUGCAAGCAACCAACUUCACUGUGUGAACACGUGCUCUACACAUUGGAGCAAGCCGGGCGCUCUGUAGUAUCCACUUGAGUUCGAUAGUUAUACGCCGGUUUUUCAGUGUUAUGAUCACAAUAAUAUCAACAAGACAUGUAAAGAUCAUUCAUCCUGAAAGCGUCAAUAAGGAUGCCAGUUUCGACAAUUGUAUAAAAAUAUUUUACGUUUCAUGUAAUCGUUAUUACACUCGAUAUAAACAAUAGUAGUGCUCCUGGGAGAAGCUUAAUGUAAUUAUUCGAAUGAAUUGUACAGCACAAUUCUCUACGGCUAGACUGAUGAGAUAUCAGCCUGUAUUAUUGAUCAAAGCUUUGAAAGCUAGUAGAAUUAAUUUCAAUGUCGAUAGAGCUCCAAUUAGAUAAGAGGAAUAAUGUCUUUAAAAUUAUUAGUGCGUUCUUUCGCUGCAGACAGUUAUAAGUUUCGGAUGUUUUCUCGUCGUUUGCAUGUAGCUAAUAGUGGCACUAUAAAUGACCCGAUACCCGGGGUAUCGUUGUUUCAAGUAAAACAAAUUCUGAAGCAAAAGCAUAUUGUCACUGUCGAAGGACAUGCAUGCAUAAUCAUCGACUGUCCUAUAUGCGACUCUGAGAAAUCUAAAAAGUCAAAGAUUUAUAUUAAUAAGACAACAGGAUACUUUGUAUGCGAUAAAUGCAAUUCUAAAGGAGGAUGGAAUAUAUUGGAGAAAUUUUUGUCAUUGACGAAAUCGAACAAGGCAAAUAGUACGCAAGAAUUGGAAACUUUGAGAGAUGCUGUAAAACCUGAGGAAAAUCACGCUUCAACAUGGAACAACAUAAUAAAGUCCAAUCAACACAUUGCAUCUUUAUCGUCAGAGCUAUAUGAAAAUAUUCUGAAUAAGUUCUCUCUUCCAAGAGUUUCGCAAGAGGACAUCUUACAAUUAAAUGGCGUAUAUGCGACUGCACCAGCGUUAUUAUAUUUUCCUUUAAUUGCUUUUGGCAACGUUGUGGGCUACAAAACCCUUUCUUGCGAACCAGAAUUGGAACAAACUGUACCUAAUUACAACGUUGGUGGAUUUAUCAUUUACAAACAAAAAGGCACUAGAAGCGAUGGGACUGCAGUGGUUGUGCCAACGAUACACGAUUUAUUAGCAAUAGCGUCUCAAAAGGCAGCGAACGUGAUUGUCUGCUUGCCGUACAAUUUACAGAACCUGCCACAGCAGUUGUUGCCGAAUUUCGAAAACUUUAAAAAAUUAAUUCUGUGGUUCGGAAACGACGAGCCUAGCUGGUAUACAGCCAGGGAGUUCGCUAAGAAAUUAAGUGAGAAGAGAUGUUACUUUGUGAGACCAAUUGACACGCAACCCAGACCGAGACUAGCUGCUGACAGGGGCUACGAUCUUAAAAAUAUCUUGACGAACGCACAACCGAUCUGGCAUAAAAGUAUCACUACGUUUGACGAUCUCAGGCAGGAUGUAUUAUGCGAUUUGCAAAAUAUAGACAAGGUCCAAGGUGUAAAGUGGAAAAGAUAUCCCACCUUAAAUCGAAUUUUAAAGGGACACAGAAGAGGAGAGUUCACGAUCCUAACUGGUCCAACUGGCAGCGGCAAAACUACAUUUAUGAGCGAGUAUUCACUGGAUUUAGCAAUGCAAGGUGUUAAUACGCUAUGGGGUAGUUUUGAGAUUAGAAACGCUCGGUUAGCCAGGACUAUGCUGCAACAAAUGGCGGAGGUGUCUUUGGAAAACAACUUGGAUGAGUUCGACACGUAUGCCGAUGCUUUUAACAAGUUGCCAAUUUACUUUAUGACUUUUCACGGUCAGCAGAACAUCAAAGUUGUCAUGGAUGCAGUAGAACACGCGACAUAUGUACACGACAUAGCUCAUGUAAUAAUUGACAAUAUGCAAUUUAUGAUGGGUAUGUCAGAUGAAUUGACCGAUAGGUUUUGGAAACAAGACAAGAUCAUAGCAGAGUUUAGGAAUUUUUCCACAAAGUAUAACUGCCACGUUACUUUGGUUAUACAUCCGAGGAAGGAGCGAGAUGAGGAAUUGACAACUUUGUCUAUUUUCGGUAGCGCCAAGGCGAGUCAAGAAGCUGACAACGUAUUGAUUAUACAAGACAAAAGGCUCACUAAUAUAAAAGGAAAGAAAUAUUUGCAGGUUGCAAAGAAUAGGUACAGCGGAGAUUUGGGUAUAAUGGUUCUAGAGUUCGAUAAAACCAAGCUAAGUUACGCGCAAAAGAAAAAGGCGAAACCGGAAGAGGCGAAUAAACCAAGUGAAGCAAAGGAGGCCCACGUUCCUUCGAUAAAAAGUUGAAUUAAGAUCGCGUUAGAAAUACGGCAAAAUAUGGAAAAUUUGCCGCGGGAAUCAACGUGUAUUUUAAUAGUGCAGUUUUUGUACAAUAUAUUUUCUGAUAUAUUUUUUCUACGAGAGACAGAAAGCGGAUUCGGAGGCACUUUAUGUAUUGUUGUAGAAUGAAUGUGAGGACGUGAUGUUGACUUGAGAAUCGAUUAAAGCAAUGUGAUCCACAA